AUGGUAUUGUUGUGCAUUGCGGUGGCCUCACUGGCAAUGGUAACAAUAGCAACGAUGGAAGAUGAUGAGAAGGAAUGUGCCGAUCAGCUCACAAAUCUUGCAUCUUGCAUUCCUUAUGUGAGUGGCACCGCCAAGAAGCCAACAACGCAAUGCUGCCAAGACACUGAGAAACUGAAGGCUAGCAAGCCCAAGUGCUUGUGUGUUCUCAUCAAAGAGAGCACUGACCCCUCCAUGUCCAUGGGCGUCCCUGUUAACACCGCUUUAGCCCUUCAAAUGCCAGCUGCCUGCAAAAUAGAUGCUAGUGUCUCCAAUUGUCCUGCUUUACUGAACCUCCCAGCAGACUCCCCAGAUGCAAAGAUCUUUAAAGAAGCAGUUCAAGAUUCUAGCACCACCCCCACCACUGAUUCAAAUUCACCAACUUCUGCUUCUCCUAAUUCUACUUCGUCCGGGGCAACCACUUCUUCUUCUUCUUCCCCUGAUUCCAGUUCAAAAUCAGAUUCUGCGGCAACUACAAGCAGCAGUGAUGGAAUAAAAGUGAUGUUAUUUGGGAAAGGAAGUCUCUUGAUGAUGAUGUUGGCUUCAUAUGCCUUCAUAUUCAUCUGA